ACUACUGUAGCAGUGGCGGCGCCAUCGUUGUCACGAUGAUGAAGUUACGGUCUGCGAAAAUACUCUCUUCACUUCCGCCCAUCGCUUGUUCCUAUCAGAGCGCUCGAUUUCGCCUGAGCAGGCGUGUUUCUUCUUCCCGUAGCUUCGGUCCAUUACCGGCCCCGUCAUGCUCUCCCGCCUCCUUAAAGAGCACCAGACCAAGCAAAAUGAACGGAAAGAGCUGCAAGAGAAAAGAAGAAAAGAAGCCAUUGCAGCAGCUACCACUUUGACAGAAGCUUUGGUAGAUCACUUGAAUGUGGGUGUGGCACAAGCUUACGUGAACCAAAGAAAGCUGGACCAUGAAGUAAAAACACUGCAGACUCAGGCUGCGCAGUUUGCGAAGCAGACAACACAGUGGAUCAGUCUGGUGGAGAACUUUAACCAAGCUCUGAAAGAAAUUGGCGACGUGGAGAAUUGGGCCAGAAGUAUUGAGAAAGACAUGCGCAUUAUAGCAACUGCUCUAGAAUAUGUUUAUAAAGGCCAGAUGCAGCCUUCUGCAUCAUAAAAACCGACAUAUUUGAUAACUGUGGAAUAUGGCUUAUAAACCUUAACACCAAGCCUUUCAUGGUCUGCAUGUGCCAUGGAACAAACUGGAAUUCCUGAAUUAUUAGGUGUUCGGAUUUGGACAUUCUUAUUUGAAAAGCCAAAAAACAGUAUUACGUGAAGGUAGCUGAACAUGUUGAUGCUUCUAUAUUAUAGAAAUACUGUUUAGUCUUUGCUUUUAAUUUCUGUGCCAAGGACCCUAAACCACUUCACACUGGGAGAUUGGUUAAGGUUCAGGUAGCACAGAUCAAGAAAAAAAAAGCUUGUAUAAAAGUAUUAAAAGCACUGAACAUGUGU